UUAAAUAAUAGGAAAGGGUAGGCUAUCAGGUCAUGAUUUGUAUACUACAGCUGUCCAGUUUGAGUUGACAGACAUUCUUUGCAGGGCCAGUUGACUGAAUAAGAAAGGCAGAGAAAAACUCUGAGAGUAAUAGGUGGACUAUAAAAAAAAGUGUUAUUGAGGGGAAAAAAUGAAUGCAAUAACAACCAAAGCUGAUGGAGUUACUCACUAGAACAAAUAGUUAAAGCUCCUUUGUAAACUACAGUUUCCUAAAAUGAAGGUAUAAAGGAAACCGGAUUAGUUCACAGUCCUGACACACACUUCAAGUUGUAAUAUCGUGUAAAUUACUGUUAUAACUAAACUUGGACUAAACCUUCUGCAAGCAGGACAACGAGAGAACCACCAUGAAAGGUGACUUGCUUUUGGUUUCAAGUAUCAUUGUACUAAUGCAUAUGGUAUGUGGAUGCCCCGAAAAGUGCCUAUGUCAUCAAACUUCAAAGACAGUGGACUGCAGGAAUCAAGGACUUGUUGAAAUUCCCUCCCACGUACCUCCUGAAACUCUAAUAUUACAGUUGCAGAAUAACCAUAUUUGGAGAAUCAAUCAAAAUGCAUUCAGUGAAACCCCUUUGCUCAAAAUUUUAGACUUGUCUAAUAAUUCUGUUUCAAAUUUGUCAUCGGGUGCUUUCCAAGGACUACGAUACCUACAGGUUCUAAACCUAACCAAGAACUUGAUUCAUUACCUAGAAAACAAGACUUUCAGUUCCCUCCCUCAAUUAAAAGAACUGGAUUUGUCCUCCAACAGUAUAUUAACUUUGCCUGAAACUCUGGGAAAUAAUACAGGGAAUAUAACUUUAUUGUCUGUUAAGUAUAACAAGCUUCAAAGACUGGACAGAAUUCUGCUGGAAUCCCUCCCAAAUCUGAAAGUUGUUCUUUUCAAGAAUAAUCCAUGGCAAUGCACUUGUCAUGUCAUUGGCCUUAAACUGUGGCUAGAGAGCUUUUUAUACAGAGGAGGAAUAAGUGAUGGCAUUAUAUGCUCAACACCAGAAAAUCGGAAGGGAAAGGACCUCCUCAAAGUUCCUUAUGAGAUGUACAGGGCAUGCCCUCCCUCCGCUGCUCAUAUGCAUCUGGCUAAUAUUCAUCACCAUAGCUCUGAGCACAGAAGUUCUCUGAAGCACACUCAUCACAAUGAAAAUGGAGAAAGUAGCCAUUCAGACUGUGAACCUAAACCAAAGCCAAGGCCAGUUAGUUUGCGUCAUGCAAUCGCCACUGUAGUAAUAACUGGAGUUGUCUGUGGAAUCGUGUGUCUAAUGAUGUUGGCAGCUGCUGUGUAUGGUUGUGCCUAUGCUGCAAUUACUGCUAAAUACCACAGAGAACACUUGGCCCCAGUAACAGAGCAGAGUCGUCCUGAGGAAAAAGAGCCAUUUGAUAGUUCCUUGGCUUAAGUUACUUUUGGUCUUUGGUUUCCCUCAAGUAAGACUCCUCAUUUCAAUCAGAAGCUUAGUGUCAAGUAGGAUUGAUUUACUUGUUACUUCUGUAUUUUGCUUUUUCACAUUAAAACCGUUCCUGUAAAAUAGACAUUCAUUCCUGGGAAGCAAUUUAUGUUGAGAGGUUAAAUAGAUGAAAUAAAUGUAUUAUUUAUGUUUUGUGCAUGCAUGCAUUCUGAAGUAUUACAUGAGGAUGUGAGUUUAAGAUUAAUUAAAUCUUCAUGUAACCACGUUCAAAUAUUCAGUUCUACAUUAACGAGUCUGCUGUGUAACAUUAGUACAAUACAUGGCAAUUAUAGACAGUCACUAGCCAUCAUAAGUGAGAUUUCUGGAAUGGAAAAUGCAAAGCAAUUUUAAGUGGCUUGGUAAAGCUUGCCUGAUAUGUACCUAAGGAAUAUAUGGCAGAACAAUAACCUCUAAGUACAGGUCAUACUAGAUAGUAGUAGAACUGGCCAAAUUAUUCACUGCAAGUAACUGACCCAACAUUUUUUUUUUAAAUAAAUUAUUUGCAAACACAUUUUUUCUACUAUUCAACCUGCUCUAUUAGAUAAACCAUUUUAAUAUUGCAUCCAUGAUGUAGUUUAUGAGAUGGAAAAUCCAUAAUUAGCUAUAGCAGUUCAGUUCUAGGCCAUAUCCAGAGACAGAAACAUCUUUCUCUUACUUGGGGAACAGUAAAGAGGAGUGGGCAAGAUAGAAGUGAAGGAGGAAUAGUUAACAUGAGGGCAUUGUGGCAUUCUGAUACAAGGAUUUGAGAAAGAGCACUGACAGAAGCAAAAAUAAAAUAUAAACACAGAAGCCACACUUACUUCCUCAACAAAGGACUAAUACACAACCACCACAGGCACUUCUGAUGGUCUUAAUUCAUAAAACUUCCAUUUGGCAACUCUCAUAACAGGAAUAAAAAAAUGGAUUUGGUACUGAAACCAAUACAAUUGUCAGGUUUCAGAAUGGUAGCCGUGUUAGUCUGCAUCAGCAAAAACAACAAGGAGUCCUUGUGGCACCUUAGAGACUAACAAAUUUAUUUGGACAUAAG